UUCAGUGUUGGUCCAACUCUCUGCGUGAGAUCAUGUCUCUGUAGUUCCUGGCGUUCGCACCUGACGCGCUAAAGUGAGACACUCCAUCAUAAUCGCCGCAUUUUUUUGGUGUGUGUUGAUCAGCCGAGUGAUUUUUCGCGCUGGACAGUUUUGCAGAAGAAAAAAAAAGGGGAAAACAUUCGUCCUCUCAGAGACUGCCGAAGCAGUGAAGACGCGGCGGAGCCCGUGAACCGGACACAAGCCAGUGACUUCGAAUAAGAAGUUGGUGUUUUGAUGGAAUUAACGAGCUAAUUAGUGUUUUAAAAGCGAAAAUUAAAUAAUUUUUCAAAGUGCAUCUGAUGCAAUUGGUGGAAAAUUACGUAAAAGGCAAACAUAGCAUUACAAACACACUUCAUAAAAGUCAUCGGCCCAGUGAAGCCGUGCAGCCCGAGUGAAGCCAGCCAACAUAGUUGCAGUGAACGCGUCGCGAUCGCCUUAAUCGCUGGCGAUUAGGCGAAAUUUAAAACAAUAAACACCAAUAGCACACAUAAUGGAAAUAUAAUAAAGUAAAUACAGAGGGAAAAAGAGAGAGAAAAAAAAACGCGAAUGCAGUAGAAAAUGCGGACAUAAUUUAACACAUUGCCUGUGAGGAAAGUAAAAGCACCAAUUCAAUAAAUUUCCAAGUAAAUAAUAAACCAAAACACAAUAAGGAGGAAAAUAUAGGUAAUAACUCAAGUGAUAAAUGAGAGCGUAACUCUACCCAUUCUGCCCACCCAAUCGCGCAAUAAUCCGGUGUCGGUGGCCAGAGACAAGAGACAAGAGCGAGCGCCCGAGUCCAGGAAUCCCGGUGACAAGUUGUGACAAGGGUGACACUUUCCUUCCCGAGUGGCAGAGCAACUGCGUCAAAAUCGUGCUGCAGUGGUUAACGUCGGGCGGAAGCCCAUUCCCAGCAACCAAUAUUAGUGGCAUAUCGGACAUUGCGGGGGCUGACAUGACGGUCCCAGUGCAGCGUGGCUCCAUGGCCGUGCUGCAGCCCCCACGAUCCCGCUUCAUGAUCACGGACAUUCUCGCGGGCAGCGGCGGAGGCGGCGCGGCGGCCGCGGCGGCUCUGCACCACCAUCCGCUGCACCAUUCCGGCGCCGGAGGCCGCGACGGCAGUGAGGACGGCCGCUCGCCCAGUCCCGGGCCGCGGGACCUCAGCGUCACGCCCGGAAGUCGACAUCUUCAUCAUCCUGCCGACGACAGCGACAGCGACUCCAGCGGACCGCUCGACAACCACAGCGUCUGCAGCAACGGUGCCAAAGAUGAUGAUGGGAGCAUAAAGAGUGGAAUGGGCAUUGGCGGAUCAUCGGGAUUGAGUAAAAAGCAGCGAAAAGCACGAACGGCAUUCACAGAUCAUCAGCUGCAGACGCUGGAGAAGAGUUUCGAGCGACAAAAGUACUUAAGUGUUCAGGAUCGCAUGGAGUUGGCGAAUAAGUUGGGACUGAGUGACACACAAGUGAAGACAUGGUACCAAAAUCGAAGAACCAAGUGGAAGCGACAGACUGCAGUGGGAUUGGAGCUGCUGGCGGAGGCUGGCAAUUACGCCGCCUUCCAGCGCCUCUACGGCGGCCCUGCAUACCUGGGCGGGUGGCCGUAUCCAUCACAAGCUCCUCCCGGAGCGCCGCCGUCCGCCGCCGAUCUGUACUACCGCCAGGCGGCCGCCGCGGCCCUGCAGAAGCCGCUGCCGUACCGCCUGUACCCGGGCGUGCCGGGACUGGGCUCCCUGGGCAGCAUCCCCGGCCCCAGCGCCCCCUUUCCCCACCUCGCCGCCUCCAACUCGCUCUCCUCCCUCAGCAGCUACUACCAGAACAACAACAACAGCAGUAGCAACAACAACAACGGGCCCGCCAGCAAUCCCAGCGCCAACAGACGGUCGCCCAGCCCGCCGCUGAACCCCGGCAGCCCGCCGGGGCGCUCUGAGAGCAACCCCGCGUCCGACGAGGAGGACACAAUACAGGUGUGAGCGCGCCCCAAAAUGCUUUGUGAUUUUACAUUAAAAACACUGUGUAAAAAGGACGGUUAAUUACAACUUAAAUGUAACUUAACAUUUACUAAAAAGAAAGAAAAACUUAAUGUGGUAAGCGAGAGAGGUGGGCAAAAAUGUACAGGAAUUGAGAUUCAAGCAGGAGAGUUUGGAAGAAGGACAAAAGAAUAAAUUUUCUACGAAAAUUUCCUUUAUUGGCAAAGCAAUGUCAGUGAGAUGGAAAAAUGAGGCUCACUGAAAAUUACUCUAAUAGACUCUGACCGAAUAGAAAAUACUCAAGCAACAAAUCCAUCAGUAUAAUUUGUAGAUAAAUCUUUCCGUGUGUUUUUUUUUCAACUCUUAGUUGACAAAUUAUUUUGUCAUUUAGCUAUCAUCAACUGCGGAUAUUACAAAUAAAGCAGCGCAUUUAACAGAAUUGUUUUAUACCUCCCAAAUUUCUUUAUACACAUCAAACCAAUAGCCUGAUUUUAGUUGGACAACAACAAUGUUUUUUUUUGCAACAGACCAUCAAACACAAACCCAAUAAACUCGUGAGAUCAACAAGCAGUAUUAUUGAGAGAAUCAACUACAAAGUUCUUGCAUAUUUAGAUAAAUGAAGAAAAAGUGAAGAGUGUGAAGUGUAUACUAACUUAGACGAAAAAAAGGAGUAUAUAAAGUAAAGUAGGUAAUAACCUUUUGUAAUUACAAACUAUUCGUUUUGUAUUAGGGGUGAAAUGCAGGGUGAAGAAAUGUUUAAGACACACACUUUGGCAGUUCUCAAGUUUCCUUUCAAUUUUUGCAAAAAAAAUGGCUAAAAGAAGAAGAAAAAACUACCCUGACCUCUCCAAUUUUUUAGUACAGAAGACACUCAAGACCCUUAAACUAAAUGAAAUGAUGUCAGAAGGCAGAAUAGGUGAAGACAUAAAGUAAGAUUUUUGUACACAAUCCCCAAAGAAGACAUAUUUUUAUGUAUAUUUAGUGACAGACUUUUGACUUCAGAGAAAUGGAGAUAUUAAACUGGAGCGAGUGUAACGCAAAUUUUAGAGUAUAUAAAAAAAAUAGUAGACGUACUAAUUGCUAAAUGGAGAAAAAUAUUUUAAAUGAAGCAAAAAAAAAAAUGAUAUUCCUUGUAAAAACGAUACAAAAUGAUGAAUUAUAGUGGAAGUUAUGAAGUUUCGCAAUAGGUUUUCCUUUCCCCCCCUUUAACUUUUCCAUAUUUUGUGUACCUCUCGAGGAAAUAAUAUGCAAAAGGUUUUAAGAGAAAUAUUAUUUAUUAGUUGAAAAAAAGUGAGAUGAAGCGUAUAUUUUAUUUUGAGAAGAUAUGCGAUGCAAUUGAUGACACCACGUAAUGAAAAUUUAUGUUUAUAUAGACGUGAAUGUAAGAAAAAUUUAAAAUGACGUAUAAAUAAAAGGCAUAUAACAAA